GGGGGUGUUGAAGCCAUUUUGGAGUGAGUUGAGUGAAGUUGCGGGUGGCGGAGGAGAGUUCGGUGUUGCCGGGAUGCCGCCCCCCAGCCCGCGCUGAGGGUUCAGUGAUGGAGGCGGAGAUGUGGGCUCUAUGUUGGUGGCUGAGUUUGCUUCUGGGGGUCCUGCCGGUCGGCGGGAGGACAGUGAAGGUGUACGGAGGAUCGGAGUGGACGUACGGUUGGAGAGGUCCUUCUCCGAUCGGGGAUGUGGAGCGGACAGAGAGCGGGGAGCUCCGUCUACAGAGCAGGACUGGCUGUGAUCGGAGGUCGGGCGAUCCGGUGUUCCUCCAGCUCCGGUCCCGGACGGUGUCGGUGUGGAUGAGGACGGAGGUGGACAGACACGGAGCAGAUUGCUACUUUAAGUACCGGAGGAAGAGCCCUACCUGGCCGGCUGAGCCCGAUGUGGAUGUGAUGUAUGGGGAUCGGUCGGGCUGUGUUCCGGGGCUCGGGAUCCGUAGCCGGGAUCUGUUGGGAUCGGUGCUGGGACUAUCAGACUGUCAGGUGCGGGGACCAUCCCACUGCAUCGCCCCGCUGUACCUGCUGUGCGGGGCCGGUGAUGAUGUUGGCUCCCGGAGCCUUGUAGUGCGGGUCAGGACUGAGCAGAGGGGCCCCAGGAGGCUCAGGAGGAACGUGAACACCAGCCCCCAGUUUCAGCUCCACAGCUACCAGGCUUCGGUUCCAGAGAACGAGCCAGCAGGGACUCGGGUGAUCUCGGUGAAAGCCACCGACCAGGACUCGGGGGAAGCGGGCCGGCUGGAGUACUUCAUGGAGGCUUUAUUUGACAGCCGCUCCAACGAUUACUUCUACAUGGACUCAGAGACCGGCACUGUUACCACCAGCCAAGCCCUGGACCGGGAGACCAAGGAUACCCAUGUGUUUAAGGUGACGGCCACCGACUUCGGUUCCCCUCGGAGAUCGGCCAUCACCUACCUGACCGUCACCGUCAGCGACACCAACGACCACAUUCCACAGUUUGAGCAGUCGGAGUACAGGGAAAACAUCCGGGAGAACAUAGAGGUGGGCUAUGAGGUGAUGACUAUUCGGGCCACCGACGGGGAUGCCCCCUCCAAUGCCAAUAUGGUCUACCGGCUGGUCAACGCUGACGGGGGGGAGAGUUCCGUGUUCGAGAUAGACUCUCGGUCAGGGGUGGUGAGGACCAGGGCCCAGGUGGAUCGGGAAGCCGUCACCUCCUACAUACUAAUCGUGGAGGCCAAUGACCAGGGCAAGGACCCUGGGCCCCGGAGUGCCACCGCCACUGUCCACAUCAACGUGGAGGACGAGAACGACAACUACCCCCAGUUCACUGAGAAGCGAUAUGUGGUGCAGGUGCUGGAGAACGUCCAACCCAACACCAAGAUCUUGAAGGUGCAGGCCACCGACCGAGACACCGGCACAAACGCCAACAUUCACUAUGGCAUAAUCAGCGGCAACAUCAGGGGCCAGUUCAUCAUCCACACCUUCAAUGGGGACAUUGAAGUUAACUACCCUCUGGACUAUGAGGUGGUGAGGGAGUACAACCUGAGGAUCAAAGCCCAGGACGGCGGCCGACCCCCUCUCAUCAACACUACCGGCAUGGUGUCAGUGCAGGUGGUGGACGUCAAUGACAAUGCCCCCAUCUUCGUCAGCACCCCAUUCCAGGCCACUGUGCUGGAGAACGUCCCCAUAGGGUACUCGGUGGUCCACAUCCAAGCCAACGAUGCUGACUCUGGGGAAAAUGCCCGCAUACAAUACAGCCUGACCGAUCUGCCCCCCAACUUUCCCUUCAUCAUCAACAACAAUACUGGCUGGAUUACUGUGGCCUCUGAGCUGGACCGGGAGACCGUGGAGUUCUUCACCUUUGGGGUGGAGGCCAGAGACAAUGGAGAUCCCAUGAUGACCUCCUCAGCCAGUGUCACCAUCACCUUGCUGGAUGUCAAUGACAACAACCCCACCUUCACCGAGAAGGUAUACCAGCUGAGGCUGAAUGAGGAUGCAGCGGUGGGGAGCAGUGUCCUUACAAUGACCGCUGUGGACAGGGAUGUCAACAGUGUGGUGACUUACCAGAUCACCAGUGGCAACACCAGGAACCGUUUUGCCAUCAGCAGUCAAAGUGGAGGGGGGCUCAUCACCUUGGCCCUUCCCCUGGACUACAAGCAGGAGAGGCAAUAUGUCCUCACCGUCACUGCCUCCGAUGGCACCCGCUCUGACACUGUGCAGGUCUUCAUCAAUGUCACUGAUGCUAAUACCCACAGGCCCGUCUUCCAGAGCAGCCACUACACGGUGAGUGUGAGUGAAGACAAGCCCAUAGGCACCUCCAUAGUCACCAUAAGUGCUACUGAUGAGGACACAGGAGAGAAUUCCAGAAUAACCUACAUUUUGGAAGACAGCAUUCCUCAGUUUAAGAUAGAUCCUGAUACAGGGACUAUUACAUCCUUGGUAGAGCUGGACUAUGAAGACAAGGCAGUUUACUCAUUGGCUGUCACUGCUAAGGACAAUGGUAUUCCGCAGAAGUCUGACACCACCUAUGUGGAGAUACUGGUUUUGGAUGCCAAUGACAAUAUGCCUCAGUUUCAGAGGGACAGAUAUCAGGGUGUUGUCUUUGAAGAUGUCCCAGAGUCCACUAGUGUCCUUCAAAUAUCUGCUACAGACAGGGACUCUGGGUUGAAUGGUUGGGUCACCUACACAUUCCAGGGAGGGGACGAUGGAGAUGGAGACUUUAAGAUUGAACCCUCUGGCAUAAUCAGGACCAACAGAAGACUGGAUAGAGAAAAUGUACAUGUGUACAACCUCAAAGCCUUUGCUGUGGACAGGGGAACCCCACCACUGAAAACUCCUGUGGACAUCCAGGUGACUGUCCUAGACAUCAAUGACAACCCUCCAGUAUUUGAAAAAGAUGAGCUGGAUAUUUUUGUGGAGGAGAAUAGCCCGGUAGGGACAGUUGUUGCCAGGAUAACUGCUACUGAUCCUGAUGAAGGAACUAAUGCCCAAAUAAUGUACCAAAUUGUGGAAGGGAACAACCCAGAGGUUUUCCAGUUGGAUCUCUUUAAUGGUGACCUAACUGCAUUAGUUGAUCUGGAUUAUGAGGUGAAAACAGAAUAUAUCAUUGUGGUCCAGGCCACCUCAGCCCCCUUGGUCAGCAGGGCCACAGUCCAUGUGAAAUUAUUGGACAAGAAUGACAAUUAUCCAGUCCUGCAGGAUUUUGAAAUCCUUUUCAACAACUACGUGACCAACAAGUCCAACAGUUUUCCGUCAGGGGUCAUUGGGAAAAUCCCUGCUUAUGAUCCUGAUGUCUCUGACACCUUACACUACAGCUUUGAACAGGGGAAUGAGCUGAAUCUGCUUCUCCUCAAUCCUUCCACUGGAGAGCUCAAGUUAAGCCGAGACUUGGACAACAACCGACCUCUGGAAGCUCUCUUGAGAGUGUCUGUUUCAGAUGGAGUUCAUACCGUUACUGCUCACUGCACUCUACGUGUUACAAUCAUCACAGAUGACAUGCUGACCAAUAGCAUCACGGUCCGACUGGAAAAUAUGUCCCAGGAGAAGUUUCUGUCUCCGCUCCUAUCACUAUUUGUGGAAGGGGUGGCAACUGUGCUGUCCACUGCCAAGGAGGGCAUUUUUGUCUUUAAUAUUCAGAAUGAUACUGAUGUAAGUUCCAACAUCCUAAAUGUGACAUUCUCUGCCCUACUUCCUGGAGGAGUCCGCAACAAGUUCUUCCAUUCCGAGGAUUUACAGGAACAAAUUUAUCUGAACAGGACCUUGCUCACCAUGAUUUCCACCCAGCGUGUCCUGCCAUUUGAUGAUAAUAUAUGUCUCAGGGAACCUUGUGAGAAUUACAUGAAAUGUGUAUCGGUGCUGAAGUUUGAUAGCUCCGCCCCUUUCAUAAGUUCCAAUACAGUGCUUUUUCGACCUAUUCACCCAAUCAAUGGAUUACGCUGCCGUUGCCCACCUGGAUUUACUGGGGACUAUUGUGAAACAGAGAUCGAUCUCUGUUAUUCCAACCCUUGUGGCAAGAACGGACUGUGUCGAAGUAGAGAAGGUGGAUAUUCUUGUGAGUGCAAUGAAGAAUACACAGGGGAACACUGCGACGUGAGUUCACGUUCUGGACGCUGUGUACCAGGGAUCUGCAAAAAUGGCGGCACGUGCAUUAACCUCCUUAUUGGUGGUUUUAGGUGUAAGUGUCCCCCGGGAGAGUUUGAGAAGCCAUAUUGUGAAAUGACCACGAGAAGCUUUCCUCCACAGUCCUUCGUUACAUUCAAAGGAUUAAGACAGCGUUUCCAUUUCACCGUCUCUCUCAUGUUUGCUACGAGGGAGCGGAAUGCACUGAUACUUUACAAUGGCAGGUUUAAUGAAAAGCACGAUUUCAUUGCUCUGGAAAUCAUUGAGGAGCAAAUCCAACUAACCUUCUCAGCAGGGGAAAGCACUACAAGAGUCAGCCCCUACAUGGAAGGAGGCGUAAGUGAUGGACAAUGGCAUUCCGUACAAGUGCAGUACUACAAUAAGCCCAACAUUGGAAGGCUGGGUAUCCCUCAUGGGCCCUCCGGGGAGAAGGUGGCUGUGGUGACAGUGGAUGAUUGUGACACAGCAGUAGCAGUACGUUUUGGAAGUAUUAUCAAGAACUACACAUGUGCCGCACAAGGAACCCAAACUGGAUCCAAAAAGUCACUUGACUUAACAGGGCCACUGUUGCUGGGAGGUGUACCUGAUUUGCCUGAGGACUUUCCAGUGCAGAACAGGCAUUUUAUUGGCUGCAUGAGGAAUUUAACGAUUGACAGCAAACCCAUAGACAUGGCUAGUUUUAUAGCCAACAAUGGCACCCUAGCAGGUUGUCCUGCAAAGAGGAAUUUCUGUGACACCAGCGUUUGUCAGAAUGGAGGUACCUGUGUUAACAAAUGGAACACCUACUACUGCGACUGUCCUUUACAUUUUGGAGGGAAAAACUGUGAGCAAGUUAUGCCGUUUCCACAACGUUUUCAAGGAGAUGGGAUUGUUCUAUGGACUGAUAUAGAAAUCACGGUAUCUGUGCCAUGGUUUAUCGGGCUGAUGUUCAGAACCCGUCAAACAAGUGGCACGUUGAUGCAGGUUAAUGCCGGGUCUUCAUCUAGGAUUAAUAUCCAGGUGGUAAACAAUUACAUUCAGUUUGAAGUGUACAGUGGUGUUAGCCAUAUAGCUAGUAUGAAAAUCAAUCAGACCAGAGUCACGGAUGGCGAAUGGCAUCACCUUCUCAUAGAACUGAAAAGCUCCAAGGAUGGAAAGGACAUUAAGUAUCUGGCCAUUAUGUAUCUGGACUAUGGAAUUUAUCAGAACUCUGUGGAAAUUGGUAAUGAUCUGCCAGGACUGAAACUGAAAACCAUCUUUGUUGGUGGUUUAUCGGAAUCUGAGGGUCUCAUAACGCAAGGAUUUUAUGGCUGUAUGAAGGGAGUAAGAAUGGGAGAAACCUCAACCAACAUAGCAACCCUAAACAUGAAUAAAGCAAGUGUCUUCAAUGUGGAAAGUGGCUGCGAUGUAGAUAAUCCCUGUGAUUCUAAUCCAUGUCCAUACCACAGUGAUUGCAGUGAUGAGUGGAACACCUUUUCUUGUAAUUGUGAACCAGGCUUCUUUGGAAGAGACUGCGUUGAUGUGUGCAGCUUGAACCCUUGUGAGCAUGUUUCUACUUGUGCUAGAAAGCCAAGCUCUUCUCAUGGAUACACUUGUGAAUGUGGAGCAAGCUACUAUGGACAAUACUGCGAGAAUAAAGUGGAUUUGCCCUGUCCUAGAGGCUGGUGGGGCAAUCCAAUUUGUGGACCCUGUAACUGUGAUGUAAGCAAAGGCUUUGAUCCGGACUGCAAUAAGACAAAUGGAGACUGUCGCUGUAAAGAUAAUUAUUAUAGACCACAGGAGAGUGACGCUUGUUACCCAUGUGAUUGCUUCCCAUCCGGAGCUUAUGAGCGUGGCUGUGACAUGGAAACAGGACAGUGCCCAUGUAAACCUGGUGUUAUUGGCCGGCAGUGUAACCGCUGUGACAAUCCUUUUGCAGAGGUUACUAAUCAAGGCUGUGAAGUGAUUUACAAUGGAUGUCCCAAAGCCUUCGAGGCUGGAAUCUGGUGGCCACAGACCAAGUUUGGUCAGCCAGCUGCUGUUCCAUGCCCCAAGGGAUCUGUGGGCAACGCGAUCCGACACUGCAGUGAGGAAAAAGGCUGGCUUCCUCCUGAACUCUUCAACUGCACCACACUGACCUUCUUGGAACUGAAAACUCUGAAUGAAAAGCUUCACCGAAAUGAGACCAGUUUGAAUGGCUUAAAAUCCAUUGAAAUCGCUAAAGUCCUGCAAAAUGCCACCAACCACACAAGGACCUUCUAUGGCAAUGACAUCAGAACUAGCUAUCAGAUGCUUGUGAGGGUACUGCAGUAUGAGAGCCAGCAACAAGGCUUUGACUUGGCUGCUACAAGGGAUGUGGAAUUUAAUGAGAAUGUCAUCCAUGCAGGCAGCGCAAUACUUGAUUUCAGCAACAAAGAGCACUGGGACCACAUUCAAAGAACUGAAGGGGGCACUGCCUAUCUGCUAAAGCACUAUGAAGAAUAUGCCAACAAUGUGGCCAGGAACAUGAAAAAGACCUAUAUGAAGCCUUUUGUCAUUGUCACCAAAAAUAUUAUCAUUGCCGUAGACAUAUUUGACAAGGCUAAUUUCAGUGGAGCCAAAGUACCUGAGUUUAAUACUAUAUAUGAAGAUUAUCCAAAGGAUUUGCAGUCAUCAGUUCAGUUCCCUGACGCUUUGUUUAAACCUCUAGAAAGAAAAGCUCUGCCUACAAUGAAACCAUCAAAUCAGAAUUAUCCUAGCAGUGAGGAUGAAUAUGACUCUCGUCUGUCUAAGAGGAAAAAAAGGCAGCCGGAUUCCUGGAACCAGCAUGCAGUUGCUUUAGUGAUUGUUUACCGCUCUUUGGGACAGCUUUUGCCAGAAAACUACGAUCCUGACCGCAGAAGUCUGAGAGUGCCCAAUCGUCCCGUCAUUAAUACACCUAUUGUAAGUGCAUCUGUGCACAAUGAAGGUGAGCUGCUACCACCACAACUAGACAGCCCCAUCAUCCUGGAAUAUACAAUGUUAGAGACUGAGGAGAGAACCAAACCUGUGUGUGUCUUCUGGAACCACUCCAUCAUAGCUGGAGGCGUUGGAGGAUGGUCUUCUAAAGGCUGUGACCUGCUUUCCAGGAAUAAAAGUCAUGUGACCUGUCAGUGCAAUCAUAUGACCAGCUUUGCUGUUUUGAUGGAUAUUUCCAAACGAGAGAAUGGUGAAGUUCUACCUCUGAAGAUUAUCACAUAUACCUCUGUGUCAGUCUCACUGGUGGCUCUGUUGUUGACUUUCAUCCUAUUGGUUAUCAUCAGAACUCUGCGUUCCAACAUUCAUAAUAUCCACAAAAACCUGGUGGCUGCCCUCUUCUUCUCUGAGCUGGUCUUCCUUAUUGGAAUCAAUCAGACUGAAAAUCCAUUUGUCUGCACAGUAAUUGCCAUCCUCCUCCACUACUUCUACAUGAGCACCUUUGCUUGGAUGUUUGUAGAAGGUCUCCACAUUUACCGCAUGCUGACGGAAGUCCGAAACAUUGACACAGGUCAUAUGCGCUUCUACUAUGUAGUUGGCUAUGGUAUACCUGCCAUCAUUACAGGUCUUGCUGUAGGUUUGGAUCCUCAGGGGUAUGGAAACCCUGACUUCUGCUGGCUUUCAGUUCAUGACACUCUAAUCUGGAGUUUUGCUGGUCCGAUUGGCAUUGUAGUUGCUAUAAAUAUAAUCAUCUUUGUACUGGCUGUGAAAAACUCUUGCGGGCGAAGGCAACGGAUGUUUGAGAAAACUGGAGUCCUCUCUACACUGAGAACAGCAUUCCUAUUACUGCUUCUAGUCACUACCACCUGGUUAUUGGGGCUUAUGGCAGUCAACAGCGAUGUUAUGACAUUUCACUACCUCUUUGCCAUCUUCAGCUGUAUGCAGGGGCUUUUCAUCUUCUUUUUCCACUGCAUCUUUAACAAGGAAGUGAGAAAACAAUUAAAGAAUACUUUUACUGGAAAGAAAGUCCUAGCAGAUGACACAAAUACUACACGAGCCACAUUACUAACAGUGAGUCCACGAACCUUAAACUGCAACAACACAUAUAUGGAUGAUUCUAACAUGUACAGAACGGGUAUUGGAGAGUCUACAGUCUCCUUGGAGAGCACCGUCAGGUCAGCCAAGAGCCGUAAUAGCUACCUUGCUUUUAUCCUCAGGGAUGAAGCUGCUCAAAAGCUCAGUAUGUCUUCAGGACAGACCCGCGCUGGUGUUGCAGAGGUGGAUAAUGCACAUUUCCACAGAAACCGAACGCGCUCUCAUGGACAUGACUCUGACUCUGAUAGCGAGUUAUCUCUUGAUGAACAUAGCAGCUCUUAUGCUUCUUCACGCUCUUCGGAUAGUGAAGAUGAAGAAAUUGGAACAGAGCAGCAGUGGAAACCAACCAGCCCUAAAAACAAUGAACGUGGGCCUGUGCAUAGUACGCCUAAAGUGGAUUCAAUACCAAAUCACGUUAAACCUUAUUGGCCUAAUGAAUGCAUGACAGCCAGUGACAGUGAGGAUCAAGCGGGCAAAAGUACACUGAAAGUAGAGACCAAAGUGAAUGUGGAGCUUCAUAAUGAAAUCAAGGCUAAUCACUGUGGCGAGAUGCCUCAUGACAAGGAGAAUGAAGCACAGACCAAGGAUGGCAAGGUCGUCAACAAUCACAACGGUCAACAGCCAGAACUAAGAAGAGGUAUUUUGAAAAAAAAAGUCACAUACCCUCCUCCUUUGACGGACAAAAAUCUUAAAAACCGUCUACGAGAUAAAUUGGACUAUAAUCAAAGUACUAUUUCAUCAAGGACUUCCUCACUAUGUUCAAAUGAUGGCAUCCGUCCAGUUACAGACACAGCAAUAACCAUAAAAAAUGCACGAAGGGAUCAUUCUCGAGAACAAGUCAAUGGCAUGGCGAUGAGUGUACAAGCUGGACCUACAAAUGGAGAGGCUUCAGACUCUGAGGUUGCCAACCACCUGAUUCCCCAGGAGCAGAAAGUCAGAUUUUAACUUAUGGCCAAGAUUCUGUAAAACAAUGACAUUGUGGCAGUAAUGAAACUUCAAUUUGAAUCAUCAGGAGAUUGUGAAGACUUCUACAGACCAGGAACCCCUCGUCCCAAAGCUUGUGACUUCCCGAACAUCUGGGAUUAUACAGAGGAGCACAACUGUGGUGGUCGAGGAUGUAUCAUUGCUAAGGCAAUUGCUUAAUUUGGCAGACUUGUGACUGCUUCAUGAUAUAAAUAAUAAACUAAAGAGUUGUGCUGUCGGGAUCCAUAAUAAAUUAAAGCACCCAGUGCCAAAAAUGAGAGCAUAGAGCAUAAGCAAGACUCCAUUCCCGCGGAUAAAGGACAUCACAACAGGGGACACAGCAAAGAGCGCCGGACGGAUUCACAGGUCCAUACAAGGAGACUGCUUUGUGGUGUAGACUAAGCUAACGGACUCAUGAAAAUCGCAUGGAGAAAUCGGCAUUAUACAGACAGUCCUCCCUGGCGUCGAACUGCUCAUUUGUGUUGUCACAAUGUGACCUUCCAGCCUGCUGGACAAUGCACACUAUAAGAUGACACCAAGUGCCCUUCAUUCACUUCACCAACUUAUGUGUCUUAAAAACCAUUGUAAAAAUCUGUAAAAGAAUGUUUGUAGAUAUUUUAUAUAUUUUUACGGGGACUCUUAAACGAAGCUCUUUUUUUUUUUUUUUUUGUAAAUUUUACUACUAGUUUUGUUAUUUGAUACUCACUCACAGACCUGCUGAAAACAAAUAUUUUUAUACUACAAGAUUGCACAUUACUUGAAUUUUAAACUUUUAUUGCAAACAUUUUUUUUAUUACAGAAACUUUCAUCCUAAUUCCCGACAAGGAAAAAAAUACAAUCAGAUAGUUGUGCUGCCAAGUAAUUGUAUACCCUACCCUUAUACUUGACAUUUCCUAUACAACACACUGAAUAGAACUAGUUUGUUACUGAGACCCUUCUGUUCGUUUUCUGUCUAUUGCCAGAACUGAGUGUUACAUUUGGAGCACCUUGUUUUCCAAUACUGAGCCUUACUUCUGUUCUCUUCUCAUACAACAGCACAACCCAAAUAAGUUCACAGAAAACUGAGCUUUUUUCCGCCUGGUAAAAGAAUAGCUUAAAUUUGUUUCUUGAAAAGCACACAUUUUCUACUCCAGUCUACAGACGGCGAGUAUCAGACUAAUAUUUAAAAAUCAAUAAGAAGUGAUUAAGAGAUCUUUUUUUAACUGUGAUAACAAUUGUUUUUAAUGUACAGUUGUAUAUAAUAUGUUGACAGGCAGCAGUAAAGAUACUGAAUGCAGUAUACAGAAAGCUUGGUUGAUCCAUUUCUCAGCAAUAGAAUGACUACUACGGAGUAACAUGGCAUAAAAGCCGAUCCUGCAAACAGCUAAAUCACCCUCAACCUGUAAUAAAUUAUAAAAUAAAAUAAAAAGUUUGUUGUUACAAGCAGAGAUUAGUAUUUACAGGAACAAGGACUACUACUAAUUGCACUGAAUGAAAGACAGCGAAAACAUGCCUAAAAGUGCCUUUUAACAAGUCUCUAACAGCGGGGUUUCUUAUUUGCAUAUGCAGUUUGUUCUGCAGCCUUUUAUGUUCAUAAUUUUUAAAAUUUGUGGUCUGUGAUCAUAGAUUCUGAUAAACUAUAGAAAAUAGAUGAAAGUUGGACAAUCUCCAAUUUUGUUUGGCCAGCUUAAAAAAAAUGUUCCUAUCCCACGUGUUCAGUGUCAUUAAAGUAAUAACUGGUAUGUAUACACAGGUCUCAUGACAGUAAAAAGCUAUAGGUAUGAUAUGUUCGUAUUAUCACCCCUGUAAAUCUUUGUUCCCUUUAUUUUAAAAAAAGUGUUACAUUUUGGCUGGGUUUUUGUUUAAUGUUUAAAAAUGAUUUUUAUGACAAACUUUUAUGGCAAAGGCUAGACACUGGAUUUUUUUUUACAUGUGUAUUUAUUAAUGUACAAACACUGGAGAAAACCGUACUGAGAAGAUGGCUUGGUAAAUUAAAAUGUUCAGAUUGUAUCAGU